CAACGCCAUGUGCCUGGCCACCUGCACCAGGGACGGGAAACCCUCGGCCCGGAUGGUUCUGCUGAAGGGAUUCGGGCAGGACGGGUUCCGCUUCUUCACCAACUACGAGAGCAGGAAGGGCAGGGAGCUGGAUUCCAAUCCCUUCGCUUCCCUCGUUUUCUACUGGGAGCCGCUCUGCCGGCAGGUGCGGAUCGAGGGCUCGGUGAAGCGGCUGCCGGAGGAGGAGUCCGAGCGCUACUUCCACUCCCGCCCCAAGGGCAGCCAGAUCGGGGCUCUGGCCAGCAGGCAGAGCUCCGUCAUCCCGGACCGCGAGUACCUGAGGAAGAAGAACGCGGAGCUGGAGGAGCGCUACCGGGACACGACCGUGCCCAGACCGGACUAUUGGGGCGCGUACAUCGUGGAGCCGGAGGUGCUGGAGUUCUGGCAGGGCCAGACGAACCGGCUGCACGACCGGAUCGUGUUCCGGCGGCUGCGGGACCGCGCGGCGCCGCUCGGGGCCGCGACGCACCGGGGACACGGGGACUGGGUCUACGAGCGCCUCUCGCCCUGAGCGCGGCGCUGCUGCCGCUCCCGAGUGUCGCCGGUGUCGCGGCCACCCCGCCCUGUCCCUUGUCGUGCGCUGGGAAACGCCCUCGGAGCCGCCCUCAGCCCCGGCGGGUCCCCAAAUCCGGUCGGUGGUUAAUUAACCGUGUUAAUUGUGCGGGGUACGGCUGUGACCCCAGUGAUGUCCGUGUCCCUGUCCCUGUUCCUGUGCUUCGAAAUGAGCUCAGAGCUGUUCUCAUCUCCGGUGUGUCCCCAGAUCCAUCUCCAGACGUUCCCGGUGGUUAAUUAACCGUGUUAAUUGUGCGAGGUCCGUCUGUGAUCCCAGUGAUGUCCCUGUCCGUGUCCCUGUCCCUGUCCCUCAUCCUGUGCUGGGAAAUGGGUUCAGAGCUGCGUGGUGUGUCCCCAAAUCCAUCUCCUGGCGUUCCUGGUGGUUAAUUAACCGUGUUAAUUACUUGUGCAGGGGGGCGGUGACCCCAGUGACUCCUUUGUCCCUGUCCCUGUCCCGCGAAAUGAGUUCAGAGCUGUUCUCAUCUCUGGUGUGUCCCCAAAUCCAUCUCCAGGCGCUGCUGGUGAUUAAUUAAUCGUGUUAAUGAUUGUGCAGGGUCCGGCUGGGAUCCCAGUCCCUGUCCCAGUCCCUGUCCCUGUCCCUGUCCCUGUCCCCCAGAAUGAGUUCAGAGCUGUUCUCAUCCCUGGUGUGUCCCCAAAUCCAUCUCCUGGCGUUCCUGGUGGUUAAUUAAUCGUGUUAAUGAUUGUGCAGGGUCCGGCUGGGAGCCCAGUGACCCCCUUGUCCCUGUCCCCGUCCCCGUCCCCGUCCCCGUCCCUGUCCCCGUCCCCGUCCCUGUCCCUGUCCCUGUCCCUGUCCCUGUCCCUGUCCCACCUCUGUCCCUGUCCCUGUCCCCGUCCCUAUACCCGUCCCUGUCCCCGUCCCUGUCCCCGUCCCCGUCCCUGUCCCUGUCCCCGUCCCUGUCCCCGUCCCUGUCCCUGUCCCUGUCCCCCAAAAUGAGUUCAGAGCUGUUCUCAUCCCUGGUGUGUCCCCAAAUCCAUCUCCCGGCGCUCCUGGUGAUUAAUUAAUCGUGUUAAUGAUUGUGCAGGGUCCGGCUGUGACCUCAGUGAUCCCCCUGUCCCUGUCCGGCCGCUCCCGCCUCUCUCUCCAUGUUUUAGCUGGAAUCGUGGAAUGUGCUCAGUUCCCAACCCAUUGUUGCUGUUUUUUAAUUAACUUGAAUUAUGUCUCCGCUGUCCCAGAGCCGUGAGAGCCCAACCCUCACCCCGUCCCCUCCUCCAGCUGCUUGCACAAAAAUAAAUCUGGAUUUUUGCGGAA